AUGAAGCACAAAAAGGCCGCUCCCGUAGCUGUGGCGCCUGCCAGCGACAGCGACGACUCGGAUUCAAGUGAAGAAGAACAACAAAUGAAGGUCCAGAAAGGAAAAAAGAAAGCCGCUGGAGGGUCGGCAGUCGCAAAAGCGUCUCAAAAGAAGCCCGUCCAGCCCAAGGCCGCGUCAUCCAGCAGCGACGACGACAGCAGCGAUGAAGAAAUCACGAAACCAGUUGCGAAAAAGGGCGUGACCAGCGGCGCCGCUGCAGUUAAAGGCGCGAAACAGGCGAUCGCAGCUGCGUCGUCGAAGAAAGCGGUCAAGUCCAAGCAGAUGUCAGAUGAUUCCUCCUCAGGAGAAUCUACGGAGGAUGAAACCCCUCAGUCCAAGCCGGCCGCGAAGGGCAAAGCGCAGCCUGCGAAAGCGGUGGCGCGGAAGCAGAAAGAGGAAUCUUCCAGUGACGACAGCAGCGAUGAGGACGAAGCUCCGAAUGGAAAGCGACAAGCGGCGCCGAAGGCAGCCGCGGGAAAGGCCGCAGUGAGGAAAGCUGCGUCCUCUAGCGACGACUCCAGCGAAGAUGAGGCUCCAGCACCGAAAGGGAAGAAGCCCGCAGUUGCCCAGCCGAGCAAGACCGCGAUUGCCAACAAGACAGCGUCUGACUCGAGCAGUGAAGAGGACUCGAGCGACGAGGAUACGGGAAAGAAGGCUUCGCCUGCAACUGCCAAGAAGGCAGUUGCGAGGACUGCUUCGAGCGAAGACGAUUCCUCCUCUGACGAGGAGACGCCGGCGCCUCGGGACCGACCUCAGAAACCUGCUGCAGGAAAGGCGGCGCAGAAGAAAGACUCGUCGGACUCGUCGGAGGAAGAGAGCGAGAGCGACGACGAGGCCGCGCCCUCAAAGGGCAAACUCGGUGCAGGGAACGCCAAGCAAAUCGCCAAGAAGCCGACCAAGAAAGAGGAAUCGUCGAGCGAGGAAGAGUCGAGUGAUGACGAGCCAGCGCCCGUUCAAAAGAAGGCGACCGCAGCGCAGCCAAAGGGGAAACCUGCGCCCAAGGCGCCGGCGGCAAGCAGCGAUGACGACUCUGACGAAGACGAGUCCGAUGAGGAGGAAGAGGCUCCGAAGAAAACCAAGGGCGAGAAAGACGUUAAGAUGAAGGAGGCAAGCGACGAAGAAAGCGAUGAAGACGAUGAAGACGAGGAUGAAGACGAGGAAGAAAGUGAGCGCCCCAAGAAGAGAAAAGAAGCUCCAGCUGACGAGGAGUCGACGCACGCUUCCAAGAAGCGCAAGGAGGAGAACGCCCAACCGAAGGCGCGGCUGCAGACGAAGGGCGGCGGCGUCGUCGACAAACUGCGAACGGAAAUUUUCUGCGGGGGCCUCCCCUACUCCACGACUGAGAGCGAACUGAAGGAGCUUUUCGAGUCCGACUGCGGACCGACUACGCGAAUCAAGAUGCUGGAAGGAAAGGGAAUUGCCUUCAUCACCUUCGAGACCGAAGAGGCUGCCCAGAAGGCUGUUGAAUACAACAACACUCAGUACAACGGGCGGACCCUCCGCAUCAACCUCACGGCCGACAAACAGAACCACCAACCCGGAGGGGGUGAGCGUGGCCGCGGCAGGGGAGGCCGAGAACAAGGCGGCGGCCGAGGCGGCGGAGGUGCGGGCGGCGACCGACCGAAGGCGGCUCCGAACAAGCAGGUUGUCGUGAGGAAUUUGAGUUUCAACGCGACAGAGGAAUCGAUCCGUAGCCUUUUCGAGGAAUGCGGUGAGAUCCAAGAAGUGCGAAUGCCCGUGUUUGAAGACACCGGAAAAUUCAAGGGCCAGGCGUUCAUUGAGUUCGACAGCAUUGAAUCUGCCACCAAGGCUGUCGAGUACAACAACACUGACGUCGAUGGCAGGACCGUGUGGAUCGACUUCGCUCUUCCGCGCGGCUCUGCCGGAGGCGGCCGAGGUGGCGGACGAGGCGGCGGACGAGGCGGAGGCCGAGGCGGCUUCGGCGGCGGUCGAGGAGGCGGUCGAGGAGGCGGUCGAGGAGGCGGUCGAGGAGGCGGUCGCGGCGGCGCCUCCAGCGCCGUGAAGGCGGCCAAAGACGGCACUGUCCAGGAGUUCCAAGGGACUUCCAAGACUUUCGACAGCGACAGUGACUAA